CCAAAUCACCGAGAAAAAAUCUGCAUAAGCAAAAAAGCUAUAAUUUAAGAAAGACACAGAAAUAUCCCCCAACAAAAUAAUCAAAAUCGAUUGAGAAAGUGAAAGAGGACCAGAAAUGGCGUGCAGGACUGCUCUCCGUUCCGUGUUGUUAACGGAGCCGUGGCGACCCAUUCAUCUGAAUCGGAUCUCCGUUUGCGCUUCGUUCAGGAUCCACGGGUCUCCGUCCCUCAGGCUGAGCGGCGGUAAAUUCAGGACCAUUAAGGGUCGAGAUUUUCACCAUGCGAGACGCACUCGGACCAGUUGCUCUCAUAACGAAAACCCAUCGUCGUCUUCCUCUCAGGACGAACAGGGUCCACCUCAAGAAGCUGUUCUUAAAGCAAUUUCAGAGGUGUCUAAGACUGAAGGGAGGGUUGGACAAACCACGAAUGUUGUUAUAGGAGGUACGGUGUCAGAUGAUUCUAGCAAUGAAUGGCUCACUUUGGAUCAAAAGGUAAACUCAUACCCAACGGUUAGAGGGUUUACAGCGAUUGGAACAGGAGGUGAUGAUUUUGUACAAGCUAUGGUGGUUGCUGUUGAAUCCGUUAUUCAACAACCUAUUCCUGAGGGCCGUGUGAGGCAAAAGCUAUCAUCAAGGGGCAAAUAUGUAUCUGUAAACAUUGGACCUGUUCAAGUCAUUUCCAGUGAGCAGGUACAAGCUGUUUACAAUGCCAUGAGGAGAGAUGAUCGGAUGAAAUACUUUUUGUAAUAUGACUUUCCUCUUUAUCUUGUACAGGAUUACUAAUUUUCUAUGGCUUUUGAAUUGCCGCUUUGCUUUUGUCAAAUCCCCAUCGAAUCAGUAUGGUUUUUGUUCUUCGAUCAGUCAUAUGAUGUUAUAGGGAUAAGAAUUCAUGGUCCAAAAUUGAUGUAUCUACUCAAGAACGUGAGUAAUUGUGUGUUAGAAACUAGGCAGUAAUUAUAUUAACAUUUUAUUAUCGUAUUUAUAUUCUA